CGCUUGACUUGGACCUCGGUCGUUGCUUUUGUCAACGUCAGUAGUAAAUUAUUUUUUGUCUAGUUUUCAUAACGAUAAAAUAAAGAAAUUUUCUGUUUAUAUAAAUUUUCUUACAUACAACUUACAUAGCCAACAUUUUGCCAAUAAUCUUUAAAAUAAAUUCUGUAAUGUAAAUAAAAAUAAAUUAUUUUUGUUCUUAAGUAUAACGGUGUUGCAUUGAUUUAGACAUUUUAUUUAAUGUUGUUGUUGGUGUGCUGCAAAAAGUGUCGUAUUGGAAAAAUCUAACCAGAAUUACAAAAUAUUUGUGUGAUUUUAAUGAAAAAAUUAAAAUAUUAAUAAAAAAAAGGAAAACGCCUUGGAAUAUUUGGUGUUUUACCUGAUAAUCUCCCCCACCAAAUAAUAUUUGGCUCAAAUAAUGUCGAGUGAAGAGUUACUUUAUGCAAAGGGAUCUAAGGUAUGGCUACCAAACCCCAAGACGGUAUGGGAAAGUGCCACGCUCAAUGAAAACUAUCGAAAAGGCAAUACAGUUUUGAAGGCUCAGUUGGAAAAUGGUAGUGAAGUAGAGGUAAAAGUUAAGGCAGAUGGUAGUAAUCUACCGCCACUACGAAAUCCUGCUAUAUUAAUUGGACAAAAUGAUUUGACUUCAUUGUCGUACUUGCAUGAACCAGGAGUAUUACAUAAUUUAAGAGUGCGCUUUUGCGAACGUCAAACUAUAUACACCUACUGUGGUAUUGUAUUAGUAGCCAUUAAUCCAUACGCCGAUUUACCACUAUAUGGAUCCAGUAUUAUUAGAGCUUAUCGAGGAAGAUCCAUUGGAGAAUUAGAACCCCAUAUAUUUGCAUUAUCAGAGGAGGCCUACACAAAACUAGAAAGAGAAAAAUGUAAUUUAAGUAUUAUUGUUAGUGGGGAGUCUGGCGCUGGAAAGACUGUAUCGGCAAAAUAUGCGAUGCGUUAUUUUGCUGCUGUUGGCGGCUCAGAAUCGGAGACUCAAGUUGAACGUAAAGUAUUGGCAUCAUCGCCUAUAAUGGAGGCAUUUGGUAACGCAAAAACGACUAGAAACGAUAACAGUUCACGUUUCGGAAAGUUCACAAAACUAUUAUUUAAGAACAAUAUGAGUGUUAUGAAUUUAACAGGAGCCACAAUGCAUACUUAUCUUUUGGAAAAGUCUCGAGUGGUAUUCCAGGCUUUGGGUGAACGAAACUAUCACAUAUUCUAUCAACUUUGUGCCGCAAGAAAGGAUCACCCGCAAUUAAUUUUAGAUCAUCAGGACAAAUUCGAUUAUUUAAAUAUGGGCAAAUCGCCUGAUAUUGAUAAAGUUUCCGACAGGGAUCAAUUUAAAGAAACUAUUCAGGCAAUGCUCAUAUUGGGAUUCGAUAAAAGACAAAUUUCAGAUGUCUUAAACAUUCUUGCUGGCAUCCUUCAUUUGGGAAAUUUAAAAUUCUCCCACAAAUAUAAAUCGAAUUCAAAUGAAAUUGAUCCAGAUGGUUGUCAAAUCGACCCAGAUGAUUUGCAUUUACGUGUUAUGGGUGAAUUGUUAAAAAUCAAUGCGGAUGAUUUGCGAAAAUGGCUAAAAACUCGUCAAAUUGAAUCCGUAAAUGAACUGGUGUUAAUUCCCAAUAAUCUGGAAACAGCCAUGGCAGCUAGAGACGCCUUAGCAAAGCAUAUAUAUGCAAAACUCUUUCAAUAUAUUGUCAGUGUUCUCAACAAAGGACUCAACAAUGAUCGCAAACACAGUUGUUUUAUUGGCGUCCUAGAUAUUUAUGGCUUUGAGACGUUCGAUGUUAAUUCUUUCGAACAGUUUUGCAUUAAUUACGCCAAUGAAAAACUGCAACAGCAAUUCAAUCAACAUGUUUUUAAGCUUGAACAAGAAGAGUAUCUUAAAGAGGGUAUAGCCUGGACCAUGAUUGAUUUUUAUGAUAAUCAACCUUGCAUAGAUUUGAUUGAAUCUAAAUUAGGCGUUUUAGAUUUACUAGAUGAGGAAUGUAGAAUGCCUAGAGGAUCAGAUGAAAGUUGGGCUCGAAAGUUGUUUGAAAAAUGCAAUAAAUUUCCUCACUUUGAAAAACCGCGCUUUGGCAACACAACUUUCUUUAUCAAACAUUUCUCUGAUACGGUGGAGUACGAUGUAAAUGGAUUCUUGGAGAAAAACCGUGAUACUGUAUCAAAGGAAUUGGUAAAUGUUAUACGUCAAUCGAAAAUGUCUUUGUGUAAGCAAUUGAUGGAAAUGGAGGAAAUCGAUACUCUUAGUGCAGAUGCAGCUAAAACACACACUCUUGGAGGAAGAGUUGUAAUAAGUGCUGCAAAAAAACAGGGUACAACAGUAGCCCAAGAGGCUCGUCGAAGAGUUGCACCUUCAAAGCAACAUCGACGUUCCGUGGGAUCGCAAUUUCGGGACAGUUUAACAUCUUUAAUAAACACGCUGCAUUCGACUACUCCUCAUUAUGUUCGUUGUAUUAAGCCCAACGAAGAAAAAAUCGCUUUUAAAUGGGAUGCUCCGAAAAUUGUACAACAAUUGCGUGCUUGCGGUGUUUUAGAAACUGUACGAAUUUCGGCAGCUGGAUUUCCAUCUCGGUGGUUGUACCUUGAUUUCUAUAUGCGCUAUCAAUUACUGUGUCAUCGUUCUCUAGUUAAUAAGAAUGACUUAAAGCAAUCGUGUUGCAAUAUCGUAAGUAAAUGGAUAACAGACGAAGAUAAAUAUCGUUUUGGUAAUACGCAAAUAUUCUUUCGAGCUGGACAAGUGGCAUAUUUGGAACAAAUUCGUGCUAACUUAAGAAAAAAAUACAUUACGAUAAUACAGAGUGUAGUACGACGAUUCAUUUGCCGUAAGCGGUUUGUCCGUUUGCAGAGUACGGCAUUGGGUAUACAACGUUACGCUCGAGGCUACUUGGCCCGCCAAAGGGCACAAGAGAUACGUGAACAACGCGCUGCGAUUGUUAUAUCAAAAUAUGCUCGUGGCUAUCUAUGUAGGAGACGUUACCUUCGUUUGAGACGAUCCGUUUGUGGCAUUCAGCAGUACGCCCGUGGCAUGUUAGCACGUAAACGAUUCCAGGAAGCAUUGGAUCAUUAUCGUGCUACGCAAAUACAGCGAUUUUUGCGUGGUUACCUGGCGAGGCGAGAAUAUCACAAACGUCGUCGUCAAAUUAUUAUAUGUCAAUCUGCAGUGCGUAGAUUCUUGGCUAGACGGCAGUUUAAACUUCUCAAGGCGGAGGCUAAAACUAUAUCACACAUGGAGAACCUGUACAAGGGCUUGGAGAAUAAGAUCAUUUCGAUGCAACAGCGUAUUGACGAACUAAAUAGAGAGAACGGAAAUCUUAAACAUAAGAACAGUGAAAUUUCUGUCCUAAAAAUGAAACUUGAAAUGAAAAAGGCAGUUGAAAGCGAACUUAAGACUUUGAAACUUAUGUUGGCCGGUAAAGAUGAAAAGCUGUCGACUCUUAUGCAGCAAUUGGAAGAGGAAAGAGAUGAAAAGAUGCAGUUGUUAGAGGAAAAUGCGAACACUCUAGAUAAAUGGAAUAAACAAAAAGAAGUAUGGACUACCGAAAAUAAUGAAUUACGCAAACAAAUAGAUGAAAUGUUGGAGAGAGCUAAACAAUCCGAAAAUAAAGAGACUAGUGCCAUUACACAGCGCGAACGUUUAAUUUCUGAAGUUGAAUCAAAUGAAAUCCACGACGCCUACCGAAAAGCUCUAAUGGAUAAGGAGGUAAUCGAGAACGAGAAUUAUCACCUUAAAGAGGAACUCAAACGUUUAUCGCGCCAGGUAGGCGGUGGAGAAUAUGGCUCAUUAACACAUCAUCGUUCCAUCAGUAAUGGGUCGAGUCAUAACGAAGACGAUGUUGGAUACAGCUCAGCUAAAAACACUUUGGAACACAAAGGCAACUAUUCACUCAGCACAUUCGAUAAUAGUCGCACUUCACCAGAGCCAUUCCGUAGUUUAGAGGUAACUUCAACACCUCGCAGCGACAAUACUGUAAUUGUCAUCAAGUUGCGCAAUUUAUUGGAAGAAGCAACAAAACACAACAGAACUUUAAGAACACGAUUGGAUAAGGCUAUAAGUCAGCAUCGACCAACAGAGGAUUCCUUACGAGUCUCCGAGCUGGAAGUGGAGAAUGAAAAACUUCGUCACGAUUACAACUUGCUCAGACAGAGCAUACGAAAUGGAGCUGAAAUGCAAGAGCUGGAAGCUCAACAUAACGCUUUGCAAGAAGAACUCAAAAGACGCAGGGAGGAAUGUAUACAGUUAAAGACUGUCUUGCAACAGCAAACGCAAUCGCUGAAAUCACUUGGCAAUGAAAGCUUGACUCUACGAAGUUCAGAUCAAAGCAUUAUCCUAGAUAACGAGUUAAACGAUGCCUAUCAGGCUCAGAAGUUGGUGAACAAGCAAUUGGAGUGUGAAUUGAAGGCACUUACAGAAGAAAACAAUGCUCACUUUGCAGAAUUGAGUCGUCAAUUGGAUGAGUUGCGGCAAGAGAACGCUCAGUUGCAAGAAGUAUUCAAUAAUAGUCUGGAUGAGCAGAAUGUUGAUACAAAAGAUCCAGAUGCUCUGCAGCAAAGUAAUCGUUACUUGAAAUAUGAGCUCAAGAAGACAUUACUCCAAUACUCACAGGUUCAAGAAGAAUUGAACGCAACGCUAAAGAAAUAUGACUCCCUUAAGCAUCGUAGUGAUAAGUUGACGAUGAAAUUGCAGGAACAGGGCGCAGUUGAUGGUCGACCAAGCCCUGCUAAAGACGAGACAAACUCGGCUGUCAAUCAAAACUCAAUGGUUUCGGUUGGAAAACAAAAAGCUAAAACUUAUCAAGGUUUAAUGAAGUUUCGCAGUGAAGAUUUGGAUAAAAUAUUCCAUCGCCUAGUUGUCGAUAUGAGUACACGUGUAGCUAUUGGCUUGUUGCCAGGAUUCCCAGCAUAUGUUCUCUUCAUGUGUAUACGUUAUACCGAUCUAAUCAAUGCCGAUGAAGAUGUUCGUGAACUAUUGAGUAAAUUUGUGAAACACAUUAAGAAGAUACAUCGUAAUCCUAGUGUUACUGAAUAUCGUAUACUAUGGCUGGUUAAUUCUAUAACACUUCUGAAUUUACUUAAACAAUACGGUGAUGUCGAGGAAUAUGUUAAAUUUAAUACGGAAAAACAAAAUCAGCAACAGUUGAAGAAUUUCAACUUGUACGAAUAUCGACGUGUUAUUUUGGAAAUCAUAACCAAACUAUAUGAAGCAUCGGUAAAGCAAAUUGAAGGUCUUCUAGAAGGUCAUAUUGUGGAGGCCAUUUUAGAUAACGAUGAAAUUCAAAGGGGCCAUCAAAAGAACAUUGGGGGACGAGUAAAUCGAGCUGCAUCAUUUGAUAACUCUUCAUCACCAGAACACGGCAAAAUAGCCGCAUGGAAACAGUUGAUUAGUCAAUUGGAGCAUUUCUUUAAACAAUUUCUACAUUUCGGACUAGAUCGUUGCUAUUCUGAACAAAUUUUCACUCAACUUAUGUACUUUAUUUGUGCUAUAGCCAUGAAUUGCUUGAUGUUGAGAGGAGAUAAGUGUAUGUGGGAAACAGGCAUGAUAAUACGCUAUAACUUGGGCCACAUUGAGGAGUGGGUGAAGGACAAGGCAAUGUCAAAAGAUGUUUUGGCACCUUUAGCACCGCUAAAUCAAGUUUCUCAAUUAUUGCAAUCACGUAAAAGUGAAAAGGAUGUUCAAAGUAUUUGUGACUUGUGUACAAAUUUAAACACUGCUCAAGUAUUAAAGAUUAUGAAAUCAUAUAAGUUGGAUGAUUAUGAAGGAGAAAUAACCAAUACCUUCCUUGAGAAAUUAACCGAGAAACUGAAUGCUCGUCCAAUGACUAAAAACGACGAAUUUACCAUGGAUCAAAAGUUUAUUUAUCCGUUUAAAGUGGUUUUCAAAUACAGUGACAUAAAGCUGGAGGACAUUGAAAUACCUAAACACUUGGGUCUAGACGAACUACUGCAAAAGAUCUAAGUUAAAAAAUAUAUAUUAGUUAACUCAGAUAUAAAACGCAAACAUUCCUAAGCCACCACCUAUUAGUUACUUUUUCUCUUUAGUAUUAUUUAUUUUCAAUUAGCAACGAAAUUUAGGAGCCCAAAAUACAUUCCCAAAUAUUUUGUCAAUGAUUUUUUUGUUUUACUAAUUAUGUAUGUAAUAGUGCUUCCAAAAAAGUGUUUUGUUUUUAAUUAAAACAUUAUUAUAAUCAUUUACAAUUGUACUUAAAAUUUUCUUAAAGAAUCGAGUCAAACUCAAACUGAAACAAUAACCAACUGAAAUAGAUGUUAUAAAAAUCCUGUUGCCUUUAAAAAAACAAAAACAAAUGAAUCAUGUAUACCUGUUUUAAAUGUGAAUAUGUGAAACAAACAAUAUUAUAAUAAUUAAAUGAAGUAGUUGUUAGAACCUUUAAAAAUUUACAAACAACUGCAAACAAUGUAUUAUUUAGAUAUAUUUACACGUGUAUUUAGUAAAUCAAUGAUUUUUUUUGUAAUAAUUUGUCUUUGAACAUAGAUACAGCUGAUUAUAGACGCUUUAUUUUAAACGAAUUUAGAAAAUCUAAUAACGUCUUAUACUCCUUUGUUAUUAACUAAAAACAAGCAUUCCUAUAUUAGACUUGCCCUAUGGUUGUUGAUAUUCUUUUUUUUUAUUUUUUUGCCGCCUUUUACAGUACUUGUCAAAUUUGCAGAUUUCAAAAUCACUUGAAAUAUCACCAAACUAUUAGGCAAAUUUAGUUUACCAUAACCUGUAAAUUUGAAUUGUACGAGAAAUAAACAAAUAACUGUUUUAUAUUCUUUUUUUGCCAUUUAGAAUUUUUCUCUUCCUUCUAAAAAUAAAAUAUUUGUAUUUGUUUUUUUUUUCUAUUUAAAUAUAAUCAUACAUACAUUGUUAUUUAA